UGGGCACUCAUGGCACAAGACGUUCUCUCCUCUGCCUCUGUGCAAGACCUGCAACCCGUCAUCUCCAUGUUCCUCUCGCUGCCCUCGCUGCUUCGUGCUCAAUGUGUGUCCUAGAUCCAUGGAUCCGCUCACGGUGACCGUCAGUGUCGCCUCGUUCCUCGCCAACUGCCUGACCACCGUCAAAGUGCUUGGCUCUCUGAGCUCCCGCUACCCACACGUGCUGGUCACCAUCUCCUCCAUCGUGACAGAGACCACGUAUCUGGGCUCGUUCUUGGGUCACAUACAGGAGCUGCUCCUCAUCAAUGCGCCAAGCGUGCACGACACGAGCCCUGCAGGUCGCGAGCUGCGCCAGACCUUUGACCUCGCGCUGUCCGCUUGUCUGAUCACCUUCGGCUGUCUGGAAGAGGAGGUCAGGCAGCUGGCUAUCCAGCCGCCGCCGGAUGCCGGGCCAGAAUGGAAGGAAAGAGUGAAGCAGCUGUGGAAGGAUGAUAUCAUGAACGAGAUCCUAACGCAGAUUCGGGAGCAGCAGUCGACCAUGGCGCUUCUUGUGCAGACCUUGCAGAUGCCAUCGCUGUCUGCGAGCAACCACUUUUUAAAGGAGAACCGCGGCCUCUUGGUAGCGACGGUUUCUCGGUCCCGCGCUUUGCGACAGGCCUCUUAUGCAAACCUGAAAGUCCCUGAGUCUAUUUUCGAAGGUCGAAAUUCCGCCCUUGUCGAGAGCGGCUCGAUCGUCGGGAGCUCGGAAUUCGACUUCGACGACGAUGUCGUCAACUCCACCGUCUACAGACGAGCCAACGUGCAACGAUACCGUUCGCAGCGUGUGAGAGCAAAGCAUGUAGGAGAUGCAGAUACAGAUGAGUACUAUGACCCAGCAAUAGGAACGACAGCAACGGACCACGGAGCACAGUCGAGCCAGAAAGAGACGAGGGCAAGUUCCAGAAUGGCGAACAUGGAGACGGUAGCAGAAGAGCUUGAAGACAUGGCUCUCGACCGCAAACCCAGAAAAUGGAGCGGCCAGAGGCACGGUAACGGAAGCUCAGAUAACACCGUUCGCCCACAGCGACUCAACCAGUCGCAGCGCUUCUCCGACGAUGAGGGCAACUUGUUGUCACACGACGCAUCGGCGCAGAGCCGCUUCGACAGCGGUUCUCACCGCAGCCCCGAUCUCAGCGCUUCCUCGUCCUUCCGCUCGCCAGACACAUCCGCGUCCGACAUCUCCGGUCCGGUUGUCAAUUUCUCUCGUAAGCCAUCCAUUGCUGAACCAGUCGCCAUGCCAACGCCAGAUUCUUCUCGCACAGAUAGCCUAAACGACUUCUACGACGACUCUUCCGGGCACUUUGCCCCCAUCGCUGACAGAGAACCCGCCCAAAUCGUACCGAUCACGCGCUACGCCCCGUCAGCCGCGAAACGCGUUGAGGCCUUGUCGCAGGAGGCCAACGCGCGGAGGGGCAUACCCUCGAAAGCAGCGAAGAGACUUGGCGUCGACGACCGCCAGCAGCCGUCGCGACUCGGAAAUAUCGACGAGAUCCCCACGAGAGACAGACCUAGCAGCUCUACAUCAGGAGGGUCGGGUAGCUCGCGAGGACGACCCUCAAGGCCGGUAACGCAGGUGACACUAGCUGAACUCAGUAGACAAGGCACCUUGGACUUUACGUCGCCCUGGUCCGUCUUCUGGCAUGUGACGCCAGAGGAAAUCCGCAAGCCACCACGCGGCUACAGCGUCGCGAUCCAAGAGCUGUGGUGGAAGCUGCUACAGUUCGAGGAGAGCUACACGUACUCGCUACAGAUGGUCCACACUCUGAUCACGUCCGACACGAUGUUAAUGCCAAAGUGCGGUAUCACCCCAGCUUCGGUCCAGAAACUGCAGGCCUCGCACGACAAACACAUUCGACAGCCGCUUCGAGACGCCAUGAGUGUUGGCCCAUGGACGUUCGAGUACGCCACCAUCAUCAAGGCCUACCAGCUGGCGCACGCACAUCUAGCCUCGCAAUACGAGAGAUAUGCGUGGGACUUGCCCCUGGUCACGUACUCGUUAGCUUCGGCUUCCGCCCCGGCUUCGGCUACGUCGCGAGAUCUUCUUCUGUCCCUUGGACCGGGCAUGCCUACGAGGUACACUUGUUUGCGAAGUCCAUUGACACACCUCUGCUCAACUUUCGAUACUAUCCAGUCGAUUUACGACAUUACGCACAACGGCGGUCCGAAAGAUGUCCCCAACUUUGCGCAGCUCGUCUACCCGGUCCGAGAGCAGCUUCGAUCACUCAUCGCCUCGUGCAACCGCAACAUCUUGCUGCAGUGGGAAGAUCUCAGACGUGUCAACCUUUUCGGCGAUCAGGGCUCAAGGGACAUUGCCGACGUGACCAAGGAGCUCGUCUUCCCGCCGUCUCAGCGGAGAAACAUGAUGCUGCUCAACCUAAGCUCACCGACCCGAUCCGUCAUACUGCGUGCCGAUCUGCACUGGAAAGCUAGCAUUAAAGACAACUGGUCGAAGUGUCACGCGGUGCUGCUUAACAAUUACGUCGUCCUAUCAGGCACCAGUCCUGGCAAAGGCCAAAGACAGCAUCAAGUCUACUUUGUGGUUUCUCUUGCCGAGAUUGCAACGACAACCAUGUCUGCAGAACCCCUCGACGACAAGAAGACAAUCAAACUGGCCAAAGCCGGAAAGCCGAUGUACCACCUUACCAUCCGAACCCCGGAUUUCGAGCACAUUCUCGGCUUCGGCACCAUGGUGCAAUGUCUCGAGUGGCACGAGCACCUAGACGUCGCCCUACGCGGCGAGAUGAUGGACAUGCCGACGGGCAUCUCUUCGAAUAGCGUAUGACUAGCGUCGGAGAGCAUCCUCCGCACCGUCGAGGUCAAGAUCGAGGUGAGCGAUUCGCCGGUGAUGACAGGGGAUGAGUACGACGACAGCGAUAUGAGUCCUCUGAGCCCAUGGGACUCGGCAGAGAUGGGGGCAUUCCCUUGGCCUGUUUGGGGAGAAGGGCAGCCCCGCAGGCCAUCGUCAUUCUCAUCUUCGCCGAGGCGAGGAGACGGCAGUUUCUCGCCUGCUUUGAGAGCUAUGACGGUUGGCAGGUCGGGCUUGAAACGCAUCAGCUUCCCCAGCAUCUCUAGCCUGAAAAGACUGAGCUUUGCGGAGGCAUGAAGGUAUAGGAAAACAAAUCCCGCGUCUUAUGUGUUACGAUACCAAAUAGAGCUUGAUUCUUUUUGCGCCAAAUGCAAUUCUUUGAGCGAGUUUUUUACAGAACUCAGAGCCUG